AUGUGUGAGGGUAAAUCAGUCAACCCUGUAGGCGAUGCUCGACCACAGCAUUCCAGCAAUAACGGCGACUAUGGCGAAAGAAGCUACGAUGUCCUCUCUCCCGAGAUCAAGAGAUCCUACGUCCGGAAGAUGGAUCUCUGGCUUUUGCCUUUUCUGACCAUCAUGUACUUUUUCAACGCGAUCGACCGGACAAACCUUGGUAAUGCGCAGACUGACAGAAUGGGCACGGCCCUCGGAUUUAUGGGUGAACAAUACUCGAUACUCAUCUUGUUCUUCUAUAUCCCCAACGGUCUGUUCGACUUGCCUCUGAACCUGCUCACCAAGCGAUUCUUGGCUCGGGUUAUGCUGCCAACCUUGAUGACUGGCUGGGGUGCAAUGUCGCUGAUCCAAGCUGGCUGCAAGAGCUUCGCGCCACUGCUAGUUGUCAGACUGAUCCUUGCUGCCCUGCUGGCUGGCGCCUUCUCUGGGCUCUUGUCCUUCGGCGUGUUCCAGAUCUCCCACCCAUAUGUGCAGGGAUGGCGGUGGCUGUUUAUCAUCGAAGGUGCACUGACCGUCAUCUUUGGUGUCGUUGCGUUCUGGUGGCUGCCCGCCUCACCGCAGACGACGUGGUUCCUCAAGCCAGAAGAGCGUGAGGUCGCACGGCUUCGGUCACUACGUGACGGCUCCAACGCCGUUGGCGAGGAAUUCAAUUUCAAAGAAUCCUUCCGCAGCUGGAAAGACUGGAAGUUCACCCUGUGGUGCAUCAUCAGCUUCACCUAUCCGGUGGCCUUUGCCACGACAGCCAACGUCCUGCCCCUGAUCCUUCAGCGCUUCGGCUACUCCACCGUCAUCACCAACCUGCUCACGCUCCCGCCUAACGUCUGCGGCUUCCUCGUGCUGCUGGCGGUGACGUACAGCUCGGACCGCCAGCGCGAGCGUACGUUCCACAUUGUCGGCAGCCUCGCCCUGAGUCUCACGGGCUUCAUCAUCCUGGCCUGCCUCUCAGACCAAGCCCCGCAUCGUGUGGCCGUGGGCUACUUUGCAUGCUUCCUCCUGACCAGCGGUGCAUACAUCCCAAGCUGCCUCGUGCACAGCUGGCACAACAACAACAACCUGAGCGAGAACUCGCGCGCCGCAACCACAGGCCUGCUCGUCGGCCUGGGCAAUCUCGGUGGCGUCCUCUCAGCCACGACCUUCCGCACUGCCUACGCACCGCGAUACAUCCCUACCCUGGCAGCCACGGCCGGGUGCAAUGUCGUGUGCAUCUUCUUCACUUUGUGGAUGGGGCUGUGGCCGAGGCGCGACAAUCGUCGCAGAGACAAGGAGCAGGGCGUCGUGCUCAAGGCCGAGCAAGUCAACACCCAGCACCUGGCCGACGGCGCCAACGAUCCGAGUUGGCGGUGGUUCCUCUAG